AUGAGUUGUCUUAAUCUGAAAUGUGAACAUGAAGCUCUUGAAGUCAUUAACAGAUUGGAAACUGCAAUGCUUGCGUGGAAAGAGAAAAUCAUGGAGCAAAGUGGUAAAUCUCCUGUUCGAACAUCUUGGUCUUUCGUCAAAGAUCCAAAUUCGGAGCUGGAUAAGGCAGAGUCGGUGGUGAACCGAGCAGAUAUACUUCUGCAGCUGCUAAAGACCAAGUAUCCCAAUCUUCCUCAGAGCUUCCUUGAUGCUACGAAAGUUCAAUACGGAAAGGAUGUUCGGCAUUCGAUUCUGGAAGCCUACUCUCGAACUCUAGCUAACUUGUCAUUCAACUUUCUCUCUCGGAUAGGAGAUAUUCUACAAGAAGAUAAUCCCAAUUCACCCGUGGCAAUUUCACACCUCAUUGGAGCUAGAAUUCCCGGGAUUUCAGAUUGUCCAGUGCUGGAUCGUGUGAGACACUCCCUUAUUCGCCUGUUGAAUGGUGUUGAUGGAAAAUCACGCUUGUCACACGAUACUUGCCUAUGA